AUGUGUAAAGGUCAACAAAUUUCAGGGAUUCCGUCGACACAUGUCAUUGCUGAUGCUGAAAAUGAAGGUGAACAACAAUUACAACAGGUGUCACCAACAUCAACUACAAAUGAGUUGCUGGUUUUAUUAAUUAAACAAGCAGAAAGACAUCAUGAACAAACUAUUGAUAUGUUGAAAGUAAUGUGUUCAGCAUUCGUAAAAUUGGUCCAGCAACAAGAUGUUUCUAAUACGAAACUGGACAAAAUAACGAAGGGACUAAAUGUUGAUCCAAAUGAUAAUAUUACUCGUGAUGGUGAAUUUGGAACAAAAUGUUCACUAAUAAUAUAUGAUGAAGAUGAAAAUGAUGAAGCAUUUAUAAAUGAAGUUCCAAAUCAUUAUGAAGAACAGCUUACUGAAAUACCUGAUGAUAUUGAGUUUGAUGAAAAUGAUGAAGCAUUUCUGAGUAAACUUUUAAAUCGUUUUAAUGAACAACUUACUGAAAUACCUGAUGAUAUUGAUGAAUAA